GCUGAGGCGUCAACGUACCUGCUUCAGGUCUUCAACAUCCACACCAAUAAGAAAGCAUCAACAGUCUGACUCUGAUCCAGAUUGUUCAGCGCGGAUCUUUGAUCCGAGACACUCGACCUCAGGCGUUAAUCACAGAGAACAUACGAACAGAACCAUAUAUCAAAGUGAAGCUUCUGCUGAAGCUCGGAGGUCUCUGAGGCUCUGCGACUGUCAGACCGCCAAGUGGUUCUGGCAACUAAUCCCACAUCCUAAAGGCAGAAGAGACAGCGAGGGUUCUCGGGUAAAGAGACAGAGCGAACAAGAAUCUGUCAAGCAUUAUUACUAAACAGCCAAGUCUUUACCCAUCAGUCUACAGAGAGACAGACACACUCCCGUCUGAUCUUUAAGAGACACCUGACAGAUCUACAGCUGUUAAAGGCUCUUCUGACUAGUCAUGGCUGACUGGAGUCUGCUGGGGAACUUUCUAGAAGAAGUCCAGGAACAUUCCACCUCGGUGGGGAAGGUGUGGCUCACCAUUCUUUUCAUCUUCCGGAUCCUGGUCCUGGGAACUGCUGCCGAGUCCUCGUGGGGCGACGAGCAGGAAGACUUCACCUGCGACACGGAGCAGCCCGGGUGCGAGAACGUUUGUUACGACCGAGCGUUUCCCAUCGCGCAUAUACGCUACUGGGUCCUCCAGAUAGUGUUCGUGUCCACGCCGUCUCUCAUCUACAUGGGACAUGCGAUGCACAGCGUCCGCAGCGAGGAAAAAAAGCGGAAAGAGCAGGAAGAUGGAGAUGGGGAGAAGUACCCAGAAAAAGACAAGGACUGUGGGAAGGAGGAUGAAGGUGGAGGUGGGAAGGUGCGAUUGAAGGGUGCUUUGCUACAAACCUACGUACUUAGUAUCCUCAUCCGCUUCGUAAUGGAGGUGGUCUUCAUCACAGUCCAGUAUCUGAUCUACGGAGUCUUCCUCAACGCGCUCUACGUGUGUAAGGCUCCUCCGUGUCCACAUGCGGUCAACUGCUACAUCUCAAGACCUACGGAGAAGAACGUGUUCAUUGUGUUCAUGCUGGCGGUAGCCGCCGUGUCUCUGUUUCUCAGUGUCGUGGAACUGUAUCAUUUGGCGUGGAAGCAGUGCAAGAGGUGGCUACGCGAUUAUAAGACUUCCAAACAACGACCGAUCACGCCGUCCACCGUGGCUGCAGUCUCACCAAACCCGUCCACGCCAAACCGAGCCUGCACUCCGCCUCCCGACUUCAACCAGUGCCUGACACCGCCACCGUCUUCCCCUACCAUACAGACACACGCACACUCGCUUAUACAUCCAACCUGUCCGCCGUUUCACGACCGACUGGUGCACCAACAGAACUCGGCAAACAUGGUUACCGAACGCCACCGAGGUCAAGACUACCUAGGGGUCAACUUCUUGAGCUUCUCACAAGCACCCACAGAGACGCCCAACUCAUGCGCCUCGCCUUCAUUCCUCAGCAGGGAAUUUGAUGAGGACAAGCGAAGGUUCAGCAAGAGCAGCGGGACCAGCAGCCGCAUGAGACCGGACGACCUUGCAGUAUAGCACCGACCAAUCACAUCUAGAAAAGGGUCGUCUACUCUACUGCGACUAGUCAUAAACAUGCUAUGAUUUGGCACUUGCACUAACUUGUCUACGUUAUUGCUGUCGAAAAAGACCGAGACAGAAUAUCAGUUCACAUGUUUGCACAAAUGCAUAAUGAGAGUGGAGUGAUGCAUAUAAAGAGAAUCAUUCAACUUUUGAAAAGUCAACA